AUGACGUAUUCAGCUAUAGACUCAAAGGUUACAGUUUCUUUGUACCCUUGGCGUGAAACUGGAGUAUCGUACUUGAUAUGGGACACUGUACAAACUCAAAUCACUGAUCCGCAUGACAACUUAGUCUUUCUGCUCCAACAGAUAGAGCUGUCACGUUUGCGAAGCCGUGCCAGCAUUGGGCGACGCAGUCUCUUUCUCUUUUAUUGGUAUCGGUAUGCAUUCUCAGGCUUUGACAAUCGCGCUUGGUCAUUUAAAUGA